GCUCUACCACGUUCAUUAUUCCCUGCUGCUUUUUCCAGUCCCCAGCCUUCUCGCCCCUCCUUCCUCCUCCUCAGUCCAGGUUUGGAAGCGAUUCCCCUCUAGUGACUGAGCCCCUUUGCAUCUGGGUGAGAGGCGCUUCGCCUCCCUCACGUCUUUGUCUCCUCCUCCUGCGAGCUCCCGGCCCGGCGCAGGGGUUGCAGCGGCCGCUGCAGCAGCUGGAGCCGAGCCGUGCCUUGCACCGCCUCUUGGGGCCGUACUCCAGUGGUGUGAAGGCUCCGGAGGACACCAGCCGAGCCACUCACCGCCCGCCCGCAUCCCGCGCUCCAGCCGCGGCGCACUAACGCCGUGGGCGCAGCGGGGGAGCCAGCCAGCCCAACCCGACCAGUCUGGAGUAGGCAGCCCGGCUAGCAGCCGCGUGUGGAUAGCGGCGCUGCAGCUCUGGCAACGCGCACACCCCCCGGCAUACAUACCUAACGCCUUCUCCCUGCGCCACCAGGAUGGAGCAACCACCCCAGUCCCGGACUGGCGCAAGGGAUUUCAAAUGAAACUUGGAGGAAUUUGAAGCAAGAUGAAAAAUUCUCCAGCUUGGAAACUGGUGCUCAGCAAACAGGUUACAGAUGUAUCCAAGCAAGAACAAGAAUAAUGGAGAGACACGUGUGUUAGUGGCAGCCUUUUGAACCACGCAAGAAGGAAAUCAGCGGUGUGGACAGGGCUGGAACCGUUGUCAUGCUUGUUUGUUGGAGUAAAUGAGGAAUGGGCUUGUGAUUAUGCUGACAUUCCAGCAUGAAUCUGGUAGACCUGUGGUUGACCCGUUCCCUCUCCAUGUGUCUCCUCCUACAAAGUUUUGUUCUUAUGAUACUGUGCUUUCAUUCUGCCAGUAUGUGUCCCAAGGGCUGUCUUUGUUCUUCCUCUGGGGGCUUAAAUGUCACCUGCAGCAAUGCAAAUCUCAAGGAAAUACCUAGAGAUCUUCCUCCUGAAACAGUCUUAUUGUAUCUGGACUCCAAUCAGAUCACAUCAAUUCCCAAUGAGAUUUUUAAGGACCUCCAUCAACUGAGAGUUCUCAACCUGUCCAAAAAUGGCAUUGAGUUUAUCGAUGAGCAUGCCUUCAAAGGAGUAGCUGAAACUUUGCAGACUCUGGACUUGUCUGACAACCGGAUUCAAAGUGUGCACAAAAACGCCUUCAAUAACCUGAAGGCCAGGGCCAGAAUUGCCAACAACCCCUGGCACUGCGACUGUACUCUACAGCAAGUUCUGCGGAGCAUGGCAUCCAAUCACGAGACAGCCCACAACGUGAUCUGUAAGACUUCCGUGUUGGAUGAACAUGCGGGGAGACCAUUUCUCAAUGCUGCCAAUGAUGCUGACCUUUGUAACCUCCCUAAAAAAACUACCGAUUAUGCCAUGCUGGUCACCAUGUUUGGCUGGUUCACCAUGGUGAUCUCAUACGUGGUAUAUUACGUGAGGCAAAAUCAGGAGGAUGCCCGCAGACACCUUGAAUACUUGAAAUCCCUGCCAAGCAGGCAAAAGAAAGCAGAUGAACCCGACGACAUUAGCACUGUGGUAUAGUGUCCAAACUGACUGGCAUUGAGAAAGAAAUGUGUGUGCAAUUACAGUAGAAUAAGUGGUUUACUUCUCUCAUCAGUUGUAAACAUUUAAAACUUUGUAUAUCAGUUUCUUUUGAAUUAUGCCACUGUUGAACUUUUAACAGACAUGACAACAUAACAAAUGAUUUUAGUUUAGGUGAUCCACCCCUCCGUUGUACCCCCACCCCCCCGGUGGUAUAUCCCUGAGUCAGCUACUAUCUGAACAUUAUUUAGCUCCAUCUCACUAUUUAAUAAUGAAAUUUAUUUUUUUAAUUUAAA